AAAGUUUUAAGUCGUUAGCUCCUUUAGUCGACGAAAUACAGUCCAACUACCACGUAGGCCAUAUUGCAAGGAUGCGGUACUCGUUCGCGUUUCCGUUUUUGUUCCUUGGCAUGGUGACGUCAGAAGAACACACUGUAGUAAAGAGACACACGACAGAUUUGAAGAUAGUGUGUUACUUUUCCAAUUGGGCAGCCUACAGACCAGGAUUAGCCAAGUUCACACCCGAGAAUAUUAACCCUUACCUCUGUACCCAUCUGAUUUACGCCUUUGCUGCCUUAAAUAAAGAUUAUGAGCUCAAGCCAUAUGAUCCAUACAAUGAUAUUGAGCAAGGUAAUUACAAGAAAUUUGUUGGAUUGAAAACGUACAAUCCGAAGUUGAAGAUGAUGGUUGCUAUUGGAGGGUGGAACGAAGGCUCCAAAAGGUGUGAAACUUUAUACACGUUCGUAACGCAGGAAACCCGUGAAGCUUUUGAUAACGAGAGAACUCCUUUUGGCAAAGAUAAACUAAUCCUAUCUGUAGCAGUGCCUGCUGGGAAGGAUUAUAUUGAUAAAGGAUUCGAUAUAGCUACAAUAACCAAGAACGUAGACUUCAUGAACAUUUUGGCCUACGAUUACCACACAGCAUACGAAGAUGAGACCGAACAUCACGCUCCACUGUUAAAACGUCCUGACUUUAGUGAAUGGGACGAAAGGAACGACAUGAAUGUGGAGUGGACUGUAGACUAUUACUUGAAGCUUGGAGUUGUACCCGAGAAGUUAGUUCUUGGUAUUCCCACUUAUGGAAGGUCGUACACACUGUUAGACCCAGAAGACAACGGAAUAGAAGCGCCUGUUGAUGGUCCUGGUGAAGAAGGGCCUUCAACCAGAGAGACGGGCUACAUGGCUUAUUAUGAAAUCUGUCAGAACAUCCUAGACGAAGGAUGGGUUGUUCAUAGGCCUUAUCCAGAGAUGCUUGGACCUUACGCUUACAAGGAUGACCAGUGGGUUUGCUUUGAUGAUGAAAAAAUGGUUGUUGAAAAGGCUAAGUUCAUUUUAAAACGGGGACUAGGGGGCGCUAUGGUGUGGACUCUUGACACCGAUGACUUCCGUGGUCUUUGUGGCAAGGAGCAAAAUCCCUUAGUAAAUACUCUUCGGAAAGUUUUGUUUUCCAACACCAUAGAAGGUUUUUCCAGACUAUAUGACACUGAUGACCAUGACCGAGUUUACAGUCCCUCAGUAGAAGGUGAUAAGAAGAGACCUAGUAGAACACACCGUCGACGACGUCCAGGAUUCCGUAGAGUAGUGAGGCCUCGCACGACAACUGAAUCUCAAAUUAUUAAAGAUCUUAUUUCAACACCAGCUCCACCCCCUACUCCUGAUCCAGAUCCAUCCUUUACCUGCCCAGGUGAAGGAUUCUUUAGAAAUACACGUGAUUGUCGAAAGUAUUUCUGGUGUUUAGACAGCGGUCCUGCAGCACUGGGAUUGGUUCCUCAUGCUUUCACUUGUCCUUCUGGUCUUUAUUUCCAUACAAAAAUGGAGGCUUGUGAUUAUCCAGAAAAUGUAAACUGCAAUAACCUUCCUGUGGCCCAGACCACGCCAUCCCCGAGGCCAACUAGACGUCUCAAACUUCAACCACCCACUACAACCACAGAACUGUCUAGAGAGGUUGAGAAGACAGUUAAAAAUACCUUGAAUACGUACCCCUCUGACAAGACUAACUUAUCUAACAGUGAAACCCUUUCAAAUCUUUUACACUUAAUUCAGUCCUUAGGGGGGUUGGACCAACUAAAAAAUAUUUUUGGAACAGAAGUUGAUGUCAGUUCAGCACUAGAGAAAUUUGAUAGAGAGGACGGCCAAUCACCACGACUUCAAACCCUACCAGACUAUGUAACUCCUAAAAGAGCUGUCACAGAAUACCAGUCAUCACGAUUUCAAACCCUACCAGACUAUGUAACUCCCAAAUCAGCUGUCACAGAAAACCAGUCAUCACGAUUUCAAACCCUACCAGACUAUGUAACUCCCAAAAGAGCUGUCACAGAAAACCAAUCACCACGACUUCAAACCUUACCAGACUAUGUAACUCCCAAAAGAGCUGUUUCAGAACACCAAUCAUCACGACUUCAAACCCUACCAGACUAUGUAACUCCCAAAAGAUCUCCCACAGAAAAACAAUCACUACGACAUCAAACCCUAUCAGAUUAUGUAACUCCUAAAGGAGCUGUCUCAGAAUACCAAUCACCACGAUUCCAAACCCUACCAGACUAUGUAACUCCCAAAAGAGCUGUCACAGAAAACCAAUCACCACGAGUUCAGAAAAUCCCAGACGAUGUAUCUCCCCAAAAAGCUGUCAGUCAAGACGAAGCAACACAAGUUCAGAAGCUACUAGACUUUGUAGCUCUCCAAAGAGCUGUCAUAGAGUACCAACUCCAACAACUUAAGAAACUACCAGACUAUAUAUCUCUACAAAGAAAUGUGACAGAAGACCAAUUACCACAACUUCACAAAUUUUCAGACUAUGUAGCUCCUCAAAAAGCUAUCACAGAAGACCAAACACGACGACGUUUAAAAAUACCAGACCAUGUAGCUUCUCAACGAAUUGCCUCAGAAGGCCAAUCAUCACAACUUCAGCGACUACCAGACUACAUAGAUCCUCAAAGAGCUUUAACAGAAGAUCAAUUGCCACGACGUAAGAAACAAACAGACCACGUAUCUUCUCAAAGAACAGCCACAGAAGACCAAUCAUCAGAACUUCAGAAACAACCACACCAUCCAGCUCGUCAAAGAACUGUCCCAGAAGACCAAUCGUUACAACACCAGAAAUUACCAGACUAUGUGAAUCGUCAAAGAGCAGUCACAGAAGGCCAGUCACCUCAGUUUCGUAAACUACAAGACAAUCUUUCUUCCCAGAGAAGAGCCACAGAAGGCCAAUCAUCACAAUUUCAGAAGCUACCAGACUACAUAGCUCCCCAAAGAGUUGUCACAGAAGAUCAAUUGCCACGACUUCAGAAACUACCAAACCAUCCAGCUCCUCAAAGAACUGUCACAGAAGACCAAUCACCACAACGCCGUAAAUUACCAGCAACUCUUUGGGAAGCUUUCACAGAAGAUCAAUUGCCACAACUUAAGAAACUACCAAAACAUCCAACUCCUCAAAGAACUGUCACAGAAGACCAGUCACCACAACUUCAGAAGUUACCAGAUUAUGUGCAUUCUCAAAGAACAGCCACAGAAGGACAAUUACCACAGAUAGAGAAACUACAAGACAGAGUAUCUUCCCAAGGAAUUGCCACAGAAAGCCAAUCAUCACAACCUCAGAAACUACCAGACUAUGUAGCUUCCAAAAGAGUUGUCACAGAAGACGAAUCGCCACGACUUAAGAAACUACCAAACCAUCUAGCUUCUCAAAGAACUACCACAGAAGUCCGAUCAUCAAAACUUCAGAAAUUACCAGACUAUGUGAAUUCUCAAAGAACAGCCACAGAAAGAAAAUCACCAAAGGUAGAGAAACUACAAGAUAAUGUAUCUCCCCAAAGAACUGUCAGAAAAGGUCAAUCAGCAAGGCUUCGGAAACUAUCAGACCAUGUAGAUUCCCAAAGAACUACCACAGAAGAUCAAUCACCACAGCUUCAGAAACUAUCAGAAUAUGUAGUCUCACAAAGAAUUUCCACAGAAGACCAAUCAUCACAACUUCAGAAAUUACCAGACUAUGUACUUCCUCCCCAAAAAGCCAUAGAAGCCCCAUUACCACAGAUAAAAAACCCACAAGACAACAUAUCUCCUCAAAGAGCUCUUCCAGAAGAUCAGUCACCACGUUUUCAGAAACUACCAAACAAUGUAUCUCCCUACAGAAAUGCCACAGAAGAACAACCUCCAAAACUACAAAAAAUAUCUGACUAUGUAGCACCUAAAAGGGCGAUCAGUACCGAAAAUUCUACACCUCCAGUAACAGAAAUAUCUACUAUUCCAACUACAUCACCUCUGAGAACAUCUGCUUUGCCAUACUAUCGCAUUCCAUACUCUCCAGUACCUUAUAGACCAGCAACAUUGAAACCAUCAGAGAGGAUAGACUACCGACCAAUAGAUCAGUUAACCAGCAGAGUGUCUCGUCAUUUUCAAUAUGAGCCACUAGAACAUUCUGACAGUCUUGUUGAGUACGUGGAACCCACCCAACAGAGACUGGAGGAUGCUAAGAAUCAUCAUCAAAAUGAAAAGAAAGUUGAUUUUUCCUCUGUCUAUCAAGCUUCCAUCAAAAGUACAGAAUCAGAAGAUACAGAACCACCUACAACCCAAGCUACCUCUCCAACACAGGAGUUAUACUCUGACGUUAGUUCCCAAGUAAUAUAUGAAACCCCCAAUGAUAACCAAACUUUAGCUACUCCAGAAGACCUGAAUUUGACCACCACCACAGAAUUUCCGGUUUCUUUUACGCCUAGGUCAGAUGGUGGACCUAGAGUUUAUCGGAUUCCAGUCCAAGUUCGUGAUGGUAAAGUUGUCCGUGUCCAUGGACAUAUUGGUCGAGGAAGGAGAACAAGAAUCCGUGUCCGACCUAAAGCAGCUGAUGGACAAGCACGAAACUCUAACAUCCCAAAUGAAAAUUCUUUUCGUAAACGAAAACGUAAACGAAGGCUUGGGGUCCGCCGGCGACCUCUGCUUACCAGCAAUUAUGAAGAUGCUGAAUCUGCAGAAGUUGUCCGUUUUGGAGCAAAACAAAUAUUUACAAGAGAGGAAAAAGAUAAAAAAAGAUAUGACUACAUAAUAGCCCCAGAUAAUCAUCGAGCUGGAGCAUUUAGAGAAACGAAAAUUCAUAUCUCAACCACUGAGGAGCCCACAACCUCAAUAUUAACGACGAAUCGGGCUCCGAUAAUUAGAAGAAAAAUUAUCCGUCAAUACAGAUUACCUCUUUACCAACCACCACUACCAGAAGUAAACAAAUUUGAAAUUAUAACUGAACGACCCCCGGAAGUGUCAGAUAACACUCAACCAGAUACGGGACAAGCCAGUUCCCAGGUUCCAAGAACCAAGCAAACACAGCUUCAUUCUACUUUUUCCCCACCACCCAGGUCAACGACUGCACUAUCAACCCUCACGACCACAACAAAGAGACCAACCACUCAACGUAGAACUACGACCACAACAUCACUCGAGCAAGAUGGACAACUACUAAACGUCAGUGGAGACGACUUUGAAUGUCUACAACGUGGCGUGUUCCGUCAUCCACACGACUGCGGCGUGUUCCUGUUUUGCGUGCCAGACGAUUCAGAAAAUGGCUUUCGCAAGAUCGUACACAACUGUCCAGAUGGGCGCAUCUAUAUGGAAGAAAUCGGGCGGUGUAUCGUUGGUGACAGGGCUACUUGUGAAAGUCUCGAAUAG